AUGGCACUCACAACUGACGAUGACUUUGACUUUGACAUAGAUCUGGAUGUACUUGAGCUAGACCGUGAAGAGAGAGCCUUGCUGGAAGAAACAAGCAACCAGAAUGAUGCUCACGUCUCUGGUCCAGCAACAAACGUAAUGCAUGUGCGAAAUCAAAAGGACCUUAAACCGAACUCUACGGUAUCCUCCAAAAAGAACUUCCCUGUCUCGAAUCAAAAUAACCCCAGUAUUGCUCACUAUUUCAAAAACACUCCCACUGUGACGACAACUACUCAGGCCGAACAGGAUGACUUUGCAGAGUUUGGCGAUCUACAAGAUACUGAUCUUCUGCUUGACAAUGACCUCUUGGACGAUACUUCAUCCUCAUCAAUAUCUUCGGCUCCUAAAACAGGAUCAAAUACCUCAUUUAUUUCACCAUCAAUACAACAGGUGCGAGCGCCUAUUCCUCCACAACAGCAACAACCAGUAAGGUUUUUUUCAAUUUUUGGUGGCGCAGAGAAUCGAACCAACACAAAUUCAAACACCCCAGUUUUGCAGAAAGCGCAGACAAGCACGAACAACAGUUUACACGGAUUCAAUAGACAAGGAUCCAGUUCAAACGUUUCUUCAUACUUCUUAAACAGUGACGCUUCAACUAGUUCUUCACCCACUUCUGCUUCCACUUCCAACUCACUACCUACAGCACAACUACCUCCCAACGUCCUUCCCCGGUCUGACCCACUGAACGAUUUUGCAGAGGAUAUCUUCCGUAGUCCAGAAGCACGGACGCAGCCGGAUCAGCCUGCAACACAUCACUUAAUCGACAAACGUGCUGCUCUUACUUGGCAAUACCCGGUCAACUACCCAAGGCGUGACUAUCAGUACAACAUCAUUCGCCGUGCGCUCUUCACAAAUACAUUGGUUUCGCUUCCAACGGGUCUUGGGAAAACAUUUAUUGCAGCAGUCGUAAUGCUCAAUUAUUUUCGAUGGUUUCCUAAAUCUAAAAUUAUUUUCAUGGCACCAACAAAGCCUUUAGUCAAUCAACAGAUCGAAGCCUGCUUUAAUGUUUGUGGAAUUCCUCAGGAUGUUACUGUGGAGAUGACAGGUCAACAAAACGCAGAGAUUCGAAAAGAGAUGUGGCAGAUAAAAAGGGUCAUCUAUUGUACACCGCAAGUGCUUCAAAAUGACCUCAAAUCUGGUAUCUGCCCCGCAGAAGAUAUUGUAUGUCUAGUAGUGGAUGAAGCUCAUCGCGCCACAGGCCGUUAUGCUUAUUCAGAGGUGAUUCGGCAGCUGGAGCCUUUGAAUAGAGAUGUACGCAUCCUGGCGCUGACUGCAACCCCUGGAAGUGAUAUCAAAACGGUACAAACAGUCGUCAGAAACCUAAAAAUCGCAAAAAUCGAGUUACGAACAGAGGACUCGAUGGACUUGCAGCAGUACGUAUUCAAACGUUCUGUCCAAGAGAUGAUUGUUCCGUGUGGUAAAGAAGUUGGAGAGAUUAGGGAUAAGUUUUUCAGGAUGAUGAGACCAUUCUUGGACAGUCUUGUCAAGCAAAACGUCAUUCGAACUGCGGAUCCCAGCCAAUUGACACGCUUCGUGCUCCUUCAAGGGAGAGACGCGUUUGUGAUGAACAAUCCAGGGAACAAUGCACGAAAAGCCUAUGUUCAAAAACAAGUUGGAAUAUGCAUGGGCUUGGUACAUGCUUAUGAAUUGCUCACCAUUCAUGGCAUUAAGCCCUUCUUUGUCAACAUGGACCCAUUUACCAAUAGCAGCAACCAUAACGCUACAAAUAAAAACGUUUCAGGAUCAAAGAAAAGACGAGGUGAAUAUGAUAUCGAUUACAACGACGACGACAAUAGACCUUCGCUUGCUCGAAAAGCCAUGAUGGAAAUCCCCGACUUUAUUCGAAUGAUGGACAGUAUCCGUAUCAAGAUGAAACAAUCAAGCUUUGUGAGCCAUCCAAAGUUGGAAAGGUUGGUUGGGAUAGUCGUACAACAUUUUAUUGAUCAUCAGGAUGAGCAGGAUAUACUCAUACAGGCCAGAGCGGAAUCAGCAGCGUCAUCUAGCACCGGUGUCAGUGAGGACGGCCCUCUUCCUCAGACCAGAGUUAUGAUAUUUGCGAACUAUCGUGAGUCUGUAGAAGAGAUCAGUCGCGUUUUGGAGCAUCAUCGCCCACUCAUUAAGGUCCAGAGCUUCAUUGGGCAAGCGACAGCUAAAGGCAAGAAGGGUAUUUCACAAAAAGAACAGCAAAAGGUUGUUGCUGAUUUUCAAAAAGGCAACCAUAAUGUUCUUGUUGCAACCUCGAUUGGAGAAGAAGGAUUAGAUAUCGGAGACGUAGACCUUAUUGUCUGUUAUGAUAGUCAUUCAUCUCCCAUCCGCAUGUUACAAAGAAUGGGUCGUACAGGAAGGAAACGCAAGGGUAAGAUCUGCCUCUUACUCGCUGAAGGACAGGAGGAGCAAAAGUACCGCAGGUCCCAAACUUCAUAUAAAACUGUACAACGCGCCAUCUCACAAGGAACUACCAUUCAGUACUAUUCUUCUUCACCCAGAAUAUUACCACAAGGUCCACCUCCGACAUGCGAUUUAGUUCACAUCAAUGUUCCAGCCUAUGUCACGCCUACUACGGUUCGAAAGCGCAGAAAACUAGGAGAGGAUAACUCAGUUCAAAUAAGCGGCCCUAAACUUCAGAGCGCAUUUUUGGAUUCACAAGAGACAGCUCGGUUUCAACAAACAUACCGGAUACCGAAGCGCGAAAUCCGAAAAAUUACAUUUAAAAGCGCCUGCACUAGUCUUUUGAGGGGUGAGAUGAAAAAAGCAGCAACAACGUUAGACCGUACGUACAAAAUUGGACAUUCUAGUCGCACGAUUGAUUUCGUAGAAUCUGCUAAACGAAUUGCGAAAGCGAGGGUUGGACAAUCCCUAUCAGCCGCCAUGGUGGGCCUUCCUACCGGGGAAGAUGAUGUAGACCCGUAUUCAAGACGAAUGCAAGCACUUAUUGAUCGAUGGGGUCCGUCUGGACUUGGAGCCAGUGAUUCAAUACCGGACGUAGUCUCUCGGUUUAGAGGGAAGAUGUCAUCAAAGGCUACAAAGGGAGAUGACAUGAGAAACCAGUUAUCAAAGAGUCAUCUUUACAUGUCAUCCACAGUCGACGAUGAGGAUAUUGAGCAUCUCCAUGCCCAAGGCCGCCAAAGUAUUAGCGGUCAAAAUACUGGCCACAGACGUAGACUCUUGAUUAGUGAUAGUGAGGACGAUGAUGAUGGCGAUAAUGAGGUAUAUAGUGGUCGUGACAGGGACUUUAACAGUUUGGGUAACUCUCCAGUUGGGGCCAACCGCAACAAACCGCCUCGACUGUCAAUGAAAAGUAACUCAGCUGUGUCCAACAAGAACGAAAAAUGGAGAACAACUACAGCCUCAUACCAACCAUUGCCAAGCCCCUUUCCCUCUGCUCCUAAAGAUUCAGCCCACUCUUACCCUCGUUCAUUAUCAGAUGACGACAUUGACAAGGAGAUUAUGGGAGGCCUAGACGCUGUAUUUGUCAACUAUAAUCGCGACAUCGAUAAGGAUGUAAACAGACAUGAAUAUCCUAACUACUUCGAUGAUGAUCAUGAUGGCUAUGUCCCUGACAUGACGCCUGAUAUUGAAGAGAGGCCAGGUCGCUCAACCAAGAUACCACUACUCAAGGUGGGUGUAGAAACAUGGUCAAGGGAUCAGCCUCCAAAGGCUCGAAGUAAAUUCGAUUUUUCAGAACAAUUGAAUCCAAAUUUGCUAUGGUUCAAAGCAGACUCGAAGAAUGAAAAGAACAGGGAUGAGAGCAAGCACACUAGGGGUUUUGGGCCUCCGAAAGAUAGCGCCGGAUCUGUGAAGCUGCUUGAUCUGCCACCGGUACCGCCACCUGGCCAAUGGUAUCGACCACAAUCAAGAAGUCAUGCGACGACGAUAACUUAA